AUGAAAUUUCUGAAAGCAGACGGUCCAGAUUACAUAUUAGAAAAACAGAGUGAGCCAGGUGUCGCCGUGGAUUUGAAGAGCACGUUAGAAAGUCAAAAUACCAUGGAAUUUUGUCUGGUUAGGGAAAAUAGUUUACGUGGUGAUUUGAUUGCCAAUGAAGAAAUGGAAGAGUUGGAGCUGAGCGGGCCAUCGUUCUUAGCAGGAUAUCAAUAUAGAUCAUAUCGAGUGUCUAUGGUACAUAAAUUUAAAUCUAACAUAGAAGUGCAGUUAGGAAUAUCAGGGGAUAAAGUAGAAAUAGACCCUGUAUCACAACCUAGUUCCAAAAUCUGGAGACCACAGAAAGCUGUCUCAUAUGAAGUGGAUAGUAUUGCUGCCUGUGACCUCAUUGAUGGAAAACAUGCUGGCAAGUCUGUCUUUAGACUCACAUAUGUCACUGGAAAUGACUUCAAGCAUCAUGAUUUUGAGAGUGACGCAGCGACCGCAAGCGAGGUAGCCACUAAGAUUUCUCAUAUACUUGAGCUCCGCUCCAGUCAC